AGAUUCUUCAUUGAAGGCAACAACUAGGAGUUGGCAGCCCGUCAGUGGGAAAGCAGACAGUUUAUCUCCAUAUUGCAAAAGUGAUUGUUGGUGAAUGUUUGAUACCUCAGGUUGUGAAGAUGAGGGAUGGAACAUGAAUAACCUGGUGCUAUUUACAUCUUGGUAACAGAUGCCAGUAGUGUGAAUGGAAGGGGGCCAUGGAUCGACAAUUGCGUCGCAAGUCAAAGGAGCUCAUUCCCCAGGAAGAACAGUCAGCAGGAAGCAAAGAUAGCCUUCCUGAUGAAGGACUUGAAGGAAAGCCAGAAGUCAAGAAAGUGCAAAAGAUUCAUUUGAAUAAUGAAUCUGAACUUGAAACCCUGAUCCCUAGAGGGCUAAAAGUAUGCCCCACCUGUGAUAAAUGCUUCCCAACCACUGCUGCACUCAAGAUGCAUUAUCUGAUACAUACAGAUUACAGGCCAUACAAAUGCAGUGUUUGCAAGAAAACUUUCUGCCAGAAGGGUAAUCUGUACCGCCACAGAUGUGUCAUUCCUGAGGAUGGCAGCUGUGGGCAGCAAAGUGAGGUGACCGAUAUGGUAGACGAGUUCACUGAACUUGUUACAGAGCAAGAUCAAAGAGGCAUUUCAAAGGAUGAGAGCUGCCUGGGAGUGGCAUCCGCUACAGAUGCAGUGUCUACUGCCCGCACCUGUGCUCAAGUGGAGAGUCUCCAAGAAGGCUUUUCCUGUGAACUGCAGUCUGAUGGUAAGACCUCCCUCAUUAUGGUUGCCAGUGCAGAGACUAGUUGUCCUGACAAGGCACUGACAGGUAACACCUUAGAAAUGCAAGACCAAGCAGAUGCUCACCUACCGAGUGGGAACAGACUUCAGAAGGAGGUUUACUGUGAAGCAGAAGAUGUGUCCGUUGAACAUGCUGAGCAAUCUUUAGAUGCCACAGAAAGACCUGAGGGAUCUGGUCCUGAAACACCUAUUCAGCAGUCUAAGGAAGCACUUCUAGAUGAACAGUUACAAGAAGAGCUGAUAGAUGAAGAUGGUGAACAGUUGUUUGGAUCUGCCAAGAAGCCAAAAAUCCAUAUCUCUGAGGAAACUGAUAUUGAGGCACUAAUCCCUCGAGGAAUGAAAGAGUGCCCCAUUUGUGACAAAUCCUUCCCCUCAACAUCUGCACUCAGAAUGCACUACUUAAUCCACACAGACUUCAGACCCUUCAAGUGCAACAUCUGCGGAAAGGCAUACUGUCAGAAGGGGAAUUUGAUUCGACACAAAUGUUCCGAUCUUGCUGAAAACAGGUUACAAAGGCUACGUACACAGAAGGAACAGAAAGAGACCACUGGAGAGAGGAGGGAUGAACAGUCAGAGGAAAGUUCCCAUGAAGGGACAAUGGCUGGGGAAAAUACAACGUCCAGCCCUUUGACACAGCAAAGGAGGAUUCUACCACGUCGUUAUGCAGCGCAGCAGUCAAUAGGAAUGAACAGAAACACUUAUGACAAAGGUUUCAGCAGCACUCAUUCUAACAGUACUGAAGAAAUUCAGACAGAUGGAGUAUCACAUACUAAGAAUACACAGUUUAUCGACAUGAAUAGUGGAAUAGAGAAGACAAGAGCAAGUAAUUUUCCUUCCAAGAAGAAAAAGAGACGUUAUGGAUGUGAUUUGUGUGGGAGGUUUUUAUCAGAUGCAAAUGGUCUGAGAAGGCACAGAAGGAUUCAUACAGGAGAGCGGCCUUACAAGUGUGAUGUGUGUGGGAAAGACUUCUCAGAUGGUUCUACGAUGAGAAGACACAGGAAAAUCCAUUCAGGGAGAUGGCCUUACAGGUGUGUAGUGUGCCACAAAGGCUUUCGUCAAAGGUUUCAGUUAAAAAAUCACUGGGCUACUCACACAGAUGCAGAUGAAAAACUGCUGAUCCUUGAAGCACAGCAGAGUGGUGCCUUUGGGACUUUAGUCUGUAGCUUCUGUGAUCAGAUGUUUGAAAAUAAUGAUGAAUUUAUGCAACAUCUUUCUAAGCAUUUAAAUAUCAUACCAUCAUCAGAAGGUCUUGCUGAGACUCCAGAGUCUGAACAUGACAUAAUGCAAAAGGAAAGGCUAGAAGGUGGUGAGAAGGACCCGACAAGUGGCCACAGCCAGCCACUUUUGGAAGUUGUACAAAGUUGUGGUACCACGAACCCUUCCGAAGCAAUGAUUCACCACACCAAGGAAGCAUUGUUCAUUGAAAGACAAUUUGUAGACAGCAAGGAAGGUAUUCUGGAUGAGGAAACGGAGUGGCAGUUUGACACUAGCAGUACCCCAAGGAUUCAUAUUAAUGAACUUUCUGAAAUUGAAGAGAUGAUUCCUUGGGGGCUGAAGGUCUGUCCCAUCUGUGUAAAAUGCUUUCCUACCACAGACACAUUAAGAUUACACUACAUGCUACACACUGACUUCAGACCUUUCAAAUGCUACCUCUGUGGCAAGGGUUUCUGUCAGAAGGGAAGUCUAAUGCACCAUCACUGUAUACAUCCUGAGGAGGGCAGCAAUCAAGAGCACCCAACUGUGGUGGAAGAAGUGAAGGAAGAACCUGCUGAAGAAAUCAGAAUAACCUGUCCAACUGAAAGUUUUUCAGAAAUGCCAUGUUCUGCUGAGUCUGCAGCUGUAAGGGACAUGUCUUACAUUAUUCAGGAUACAAUGACAGGUAUUCAGCAACAGCUGCAAACAAGGGAACAAUUAUUAGACCCACACAGUACAGCCCUGUACUGCAGUGUUGGCAGCAGCCACAUUGGAAGUACAGAGAGCACACUUCUACAUGGAACUUUACUGAACCAUAAUUCGACACAAGUAACUUUAAGAGAGAGUCUAAGUUUGCCACUUGUUAGCUCCAUCUCCUCUAGGAGGAAACGUUAUGAGUGUGAAAUGUGUGGAAGGUGCUUAUCUGAUGCUAACGGCCUCCGGCGUCAUAGAAGGAUUCAUACAGGGGAAAGGCCUUACAGAUGUGAUAUCUGUGGCAAAAACUUUACAGACCGGUCCACUAUGCGGAGACAUCGAACAAUACACUCAGGCAAACGGCCUCACCGCUGUGUGGUAUGUAACAAAGGUUUCAGGCAGAGAUACCAACUAACAGGACAUUGGUCUAUCCACUGUGGCGCAGGUGAAAAACGGCAGAUCUUUGAAGCAGAACAGGCUGCUGCUAGAAAACCUUUAACCUGUGCAAUCUGUAAGCAGACAUUUGAAACAAGUGCUGACCUACUGCAGCAUCGUUCAGAACACUUGAAGGGUAGCUCCAGUUGUGAGUCUUCAAAUCAUGUUAAAGAAAGUGCAGUAGUAAUCAUGGAGAAAGGACAGAUUACACGGACUGAGAAACACCAGCCCAGUGGUCAUCAAGAUAAGCUUUUGGAAACCAUUAAAUCAGUAACAAAAGAUGGUCAGCACUGGCCAGAAAUGCCCAACAUAGAGCAAAAUACCUCUUUUCAGGAUGAAGACUCUGAAUGUAACAAGGAAGAGCUGAUGGAUGGAGAUACUGAAUGGUCACUAGAAGCUGCCUGCACUUCAAAGAUGCAUGUUACUAGCCUGUCCGAAGUUGAUGAAAUGAUUCCUUUGGGGUUAAAGCAAUGUCCAAUAUGUGAGAAGUGCUUUCCAACAACAUCUUCUCUCAGAAUGCACUACCUGAUACACACUGAUUACAGACCCCAUAAGUGCAACAUUUGUGGAAAAUCCUUUUGCCAGAAGGGCAAUCUCAUCCGUCAUAGGUGCUUAACUCCAGGAGAGAGCAGAUCACUACAGGAGGAGCUGAAGGGAGUGAAAGAGGAACUCUCUGAAGAAAUCCCUAUAGGAGCUCCUGAAGUGCUUCCUGAAGAACACCAUCUUUUGCAAGUUCUGCCAAAACCUGUGGUCAAAGAUCUUCAAAGUACAAAAGAGACAGCUGUUCAUACUAACCACCAGGUAGAAAGACUCGAAGCAGAUCAGUACUUAGAAGAGCACGUAUAUCCUUCAGACGGCAGGGUAGCUCACUAUAGUAUUGGUAAUAACCAGGACAAAACUCUUAACGAUUUUGCAGGUGCAGCCUUUGAAAUAGUAGAACUGACAGAAGAAGAUCUAGGAGAGAGCAACAAUCAUCUGGCUGAAGCAAAUAGCAGUUUUGUUUCCACCAUGAGAAGGCAUUUUGAAUGUGAUAUAUGUGGAAAGCACUUGGCUGAUGCAAAUGGCUUGAGGCGGCAUAAAAGGAUUCAUACAGGGGAGCGACCAUAUGGAUGUGAUAUUUGUGGGAAGGACUUCUCUGACCGUUCCACAAUGAGGAGACACAUGGACAUCCAUUCUGGAAAACGUCCGUACAGAUGUGUGGUGUGUAACAAAGGCUUCCGACUGAAAUUUCAUCUAAAGAGUCACUGGUCCACUCACAGGGCAACAGAGGAGAAGAGAAUGAUCCUUGAAGGAGAACAGGCUUUAAGCAGAGGAUGUUUUAAAUGCACUUUCUGCAGACAGGUAUUUGACAGUAAUGUAGAUCUGGUGCAACACCUUUCUGAGCACUUGAUGGCUGGAAUAAAUGGGGAGUGGGUUUCAGAGGGUCAAAAGAAUGAGGUAUUGUUCAACCACAAGAGACAGAUUGGUAGCAUUGACCAAGAUGUAACUAAUAGCCACCAUGUACCACAGCAGCUGAAAACUAUUAAGACACCUACUAGAGACAGUCCUCAUAUGCUAAAGCUUCACCAAAGUGAAGAAUCCGUCUUCCAUGAGUCACACUCAGAUCCUGUGUUACCUGAAGAUUCUGAAUGGCCUUUUGGAGUUAAUCAGACCCCAAAGAUACAUCUCAGUGAUGAGUCUGAACUUGAAAAAAUGAUACCCUGGGGCCAGAAGCAGUGUCCUGUCUGUAACAAAUGUUUCUCCUUAACCUCUGCACUCAGAAUGCACUACCUGAUCCAUACAGAUUACCAGCCCUUUAAAUGUAAUACCUGUGGGAAAUCCUUCAGUGAAAACAGCAGUCUGGUGCAUCAUGCCUGUGUUGAAGUUGAAGACACCAGUUCUUCGCAACAAGGUCAGCCAAAGAGUAUUAAGGAGGAGCCUGUUGAAGAGAUUUUGAUAAACUGCCCGGAAGAGAAUACUGAGCAAGUCCGCAUACAGGUGGAGACAACAGCAACAACUUGUGAUAUACCAUGCACAGUAAGUCAGCAAAUCGAGAGAAUCCAGGCUCACAGCCACACGAUAGAGGAGCUAUUAACUCCAGAAAGGACAAGUGUCUACCAAAGUGUUAGUGGCAGUCAGAUCAGAUGCCUCAGUUUCCCUGAGGGAACCAUAAUAAGCCAAGAUCAAGCAUCACCCCAAGAUACUUCCAGCAACAGAAGGACAAGGUAUGAGUGUGAGAUGUGUGGAAGAUGCUUAUCUGAUGCUAAUGGACUGCGGAGACACAGAAGAAUCCAUACUGGAGAACGUCCAUUUAGUUGUGAUAUUUGUAACAAGGGUUUCUCAGAUCUUUCAACCAUGCGGCGACACAGAAAAACCCACACCGGAAAGCGUCCUUACAGGUGUGUAGUUUGCAAUAAAGGUUUCAGGCAGAGAUUUCAACUGAAAGAUCACUUAUCAAUCCACCAUGGUCUGGAUGAAAAGCAGAUAGUCCUUGAGACGGAACAGGUCACGACCCAUGGUUACUUAAGUUGCACCUUUUGCAAUCAGAUGUUUGAAAGCAAUGAUGAACUUAAACAGCAUCAUUGUGAGCUCUUGAUGAAUAGUUCCAGUGGGUGCUGGGUAUCAGAAAAUCAAGAGAGCAUCCCUUUGUUUGCACAGAAAGAUAACGCAAGUGAGAAUGAGACACUUUUACUAGACAGUAAUCAAGAACAGUAUUUCAAGACAGUGGAGACACAUGAAUUACAGCUUUCUCAUAAACCUGAACUUCCCAAGACCAAGGAGGCUGUAUUCCAAAGAGAACUGUCGGAGACCAGUAUGGAAGAAGUAGUAACUAAUGACAGUGAAACAACAUCUAAAACCAGCACACCUUCAAUUCACGUGAAGAGUGAGGCAGAAGUUAAAGUGAUAAUUCACCGGGGUCUGAAGUACUGCCCUGUCUGUAACAAACGCUUCCCCUCAACAGCUGCUCUCAGAAUGCAUUUCCUGAUUCACACUGACCUUAGACCAUUCAAAUGCAACAUCUGUGGGAAGGCCUACUGCCAGAAAGGCAAUCUUGUCCGCCACAGAUGUGUCAUAGCUGAGGAUGACAGUUCUCUUCAGCAGAAUGAAACGGGAAAUGCACAGGACGAAUCUAUUGAAGAAACCAAUAUCAGUAACCUGGCAGAGAGUUCUCAAGAAGACCAUUACCACACGAAAGCUACAAGUCUUGAAGAGACAUCUUCUUCAGUUGCUAAUCAAAUUGAAGGUUCGCAGGAACAAUGCUCAACAGAAGAGCCUUUGCUGGCACAUUCUGACAAAUAUGCCCACUGCCGCACUACCCGCAGCCAGGUCAGGCGCUCUCAGGUAUUACCUGCUGAAGGUGCUGUUAUAAGCCAGGAUCAGGCAGAUGAAAAUGGAAGUAAAAAAGAUGCAGUAAUUAGCCCUAAUCCUAAAGUUGGAAGGCGUUUUGAAUGUGAUAUCUGUGGAAGGUGCCUUUCAGAUGCAAACUGCCUACGACGACAUAAGAGGAUCCACACUGGAGAGCGUCCAUACAGAUGUGAAGUGUGCAGUAGGGACUUUUCAGACCUUUCUACCAUGAGGAGGCAUCAGAAGAUCCAUUCUGGGAAAAGGCCUUACAGAUGCAUUGUGUGCAACAGACGUUUUCGACAAAGGACACAGUUGAGAAGUCACUGGUCGAGUCAUAAGGGGCAAGAUGAGCAACAGCAAAUACAUGAAGCAGAAAAUGAGAUGGGUAAUAGGCCUAUCACUUGCAGCAUCUGCAAAAAGAUCUUUGAAAAUGUAACUCAACUUAAGGAACAUCGUGCAGAAAAUCAGAAGAUCACUACCUCUGGGGAGAAGGAGUAUGUGUGCUGUGUCUGCACAAAAACCUUUCUUUAUACCCGGAGUCUGUACAGGCAUGCAAGGAUACACACUGGUCUGAAACCAUUUAUGUGCUCAGUCUGUAGUAGAAGAUUUCUCGAUGCCUCCAGUCUUAAGCGCCACUAUCUCGUACAUGCUGCACAGAGACCAUAUAAGUGCACUAUUUGCCAUAAGCGUUUUAGAAGGAAUGUUGCUCUGUUGGAGCACCGGCGUUUCCAUAUUGGAGAAAAGCCCAUGUUGCAGAAAAUAUGCAGUAGUAAACUGCAUUCUCAACAGGACAUUUGCGCUAAUGAUAGCCAGCAAACACAGUAUGUUCAUGAGAAUGAGAUGGCAGUCCAGCAGAAGGGAGACUGUGAAAAUAAUGAGGCAGUUCCACUCAUAAACCAUCAAGAAAAGCUGUUAAAAGUGAAAGACACACAUGAGAGAGACAAUAUCCAGGGCUCUGAUCUUCACAUAGAGGAAGACAUAGAAGUCCAGGAGGAAAUAUCUGAGGACAACAAAGAGGACACUCAAGAUCUAGAUUAUGAGCUAUCAAAAGAGUUUGCCAAAUCUCCAAAGAUCCAUGUGAAAGAUGAAAGUCAUCUUGAAAAUGUGAUCCCCCGUGGAGUGAAGGAAUGCCCCAUUUGUGACAAAUCCUUCCGAUCAACAUCUGCCCUCCGAAUGCACUACCUGAUUCAUACUGACUUCAGACCUUUUAAGUGUGACGUCUGUAGAAAAACCUUCUGUCAAAAGGGCAAUCUCGUCCGUCACAAAUGUGCUGAUCCUGGAGAUAGCAGAUCUGAAGAAAGUGAGGUGAACAUUGUGAAAAAUGAGUCAAAUGAGGAAAUCAAGAUUAGCAUCCCAAAGGAAGUUGUUGAAGACGUAUCCCUUUGUGAAGAAACAGUGGUCGUAAAAGAAGCCUGCAACCUGAUAGACACCCAGGAAGAAGAGACAGAAACACAUUGUUCUGCAGAAGAGCCUGAAUUAGAUACAGGCAACCAAGAAACCAGCUACAUAGAUGAUGACCAGAACACAAAUCUGCAGGCCACUUCACAAGAUGAAGGAGCCUUUGCAAUUGUAGAAUUGACAGAGGAAGACCUGAGAGAGGAAAGCGAGGAGCUGGAAAUAGAUGGGCAUCAUUCUCCCUCAAGUGUGGAGAAAGUUCAUGAGUGUGAGGUAUGUGGUCAGUGUUUAUCUGAUGCAAACUGUCUGCAACACCACAUGAAGAUUCAUGCACAAGAGAGGUCCUGUAGAUGUGAUACAUGUGAUAAAAACUUUGCAGACCUGUCAACUUUAAGAAGGCACCAGGAAAGUCAUGCAGCAAGAGAAACCAAUACAUGUGGAGUUUGCAACAAACAAUUCCAGCAAAAGGACCAGCUGAUAAGUCAUUGGGCUAUUCAUGAGGGGGAGAAUGAAAAGCAGUUAAUACUUAAUGCAAAUAAUGAUGCUGAUGAAGGAGCUGCUACCUGUAACUUCUGUAAAAAGACAUUUGAAAGUAGUGAUGAUGUUAAAGAGCACCGCUCUCAGUAUACAAUAGUUGGUCCAUCUGGAAGAACAGAAUAUCAGUGUUGUGUAUGUGAUAAAUUCUUUCUCUACACCCGAAGUCUGUGUAGACACUCAAGGAAGCACACUGGACUUAAACCACUUGUUUGCUCUGUUUGCAGCAGGAGAUUUCAAGACACUUCAAGUCUUAAACAGCAUUUUCUUAUUCAUGCGGGGCAGAGGCCAUACAAGUGUUCCAUCUGUCAUUUGAGGUUUCGGAGAAAUGCUGCCCUUAUGGAACAUCGACGUGUUCACUUGAGUGAAAGGACAUUACAGAGUUUCAGAAAUGAUAGUGAGCUGGAGUCUUACAAGGAAAGCCAUGCAGUAGAUAGCCCUCAAGAGCUCAGAGAGGGAGAGGCACUGGUAGCAAUUCCUAAUGAAGUGACAGAUACUGAAAGUGGUCCGUAUAAUAAUAAUAAUAACCAGUCUGUAGAUCUGCUGCGCCAAAGCCCUUCUCCAAGACCAGAGCUUUUCAAGCCAGAAGAAGCAGUGGCUUUGGAAAGGCAGCCAGAGGACAGCAACAAAAGUCUUCUCGACAGUGAUACGAAGGAACGACCUGAUGAAAGCAGCCUCUCAAAGAUCCAUGUAACGGAUGAGUUGGAAAUUAAGAUGUUGCUUCCAUUGGGAGUGAAGACUUGCCCUGUCUGUCAUAAAAACUUUUCAACAACUGCUGCACUCAGAAUGCACUAUCUAAUCCACACUGACCUUAGACCGUUUAAGUGCAACUACUGUGGGAAAGCCUACUGUCAGAAAGGCAAUCUGAUCCGUCACAAGUGCUCCAAUCCCAGAGGCAGAAGAUAUAGACAAAGGAAGUCGACUGUUGUGGUAAAUAAGAUGAGUGCAGAGGAUUCUGAGCUGGUGGAUUCAGGCAAGGACACUGCAACUGUAGAAGACGCAUCUUAUGUGAUGGAGACACAGAUGAGUAUGACUAAAGCUCACUCUUCUACUGACAUUGGCAAUACAGCAGCCCAAUACACUGUUAGCAACACAAACACAACUCCUGAAGCAACUCUGGAAGAUGGAGGAGCUUUUGCAAUUGUAGAACUGACAGAGGAAGACCUGCGGGAAGAAACUGAGGACCUGCAAAGCAGUGGAAUUGAUUAUGCAUCUACUGCAGAUAAGAGAUAUGAGUGUGAGAAGUGUGGUAGGUGUUUAUCAGAUGCCAACUGCCUGCGACGUCACAUGAAGACCCAUUCAGGAGAACGACCUUAUAAAUGUGAAAUAUGUUCAAAACAUUUUUCAGAUCUUUCUACCUUACGGAGGCAUCAGAAAAUUCACACAGGGAAACGACCUUAUAGAUGUGCAGUUUGCAACAGAGGCUUUCGGGAGAAAGAUCAGCUAAUGGGCCAUUGGUCCAUUCACACAACAGACCAUGAAAAGAGUCUAAUCUUGCAGUCAGAAUGUGGCAUUGAAAGAGCAUCUAACAUGUGCAAUUACUGUAAAAAGACAUUCGAAACCAAUGAUGAUGUCAAACAGCACCGUGCUGAAUAUACACUUAUUGGUCCAUAUGGGAAGAAAGAAUUCAUGUGCUGUGUUUGUGAUAAAAUUUUUUUGUAUACUCGAAGCCUAAGUAGACAUUCAAGAAUACACACAGGCCAGAAACCAUUUGGUUGUUUAGUUUGUGGCAGAAGAUUUCAAGAUGUUACAGCCCUCAGGCAACAUAACUUUAUUCAUGCAGGACAAAGACCAUACAAGUGCUCUGUCUGCCCCCGGAGAUUCCGUAGGAAUGCUUCCCUGUUGGAGCAUCGACGUUUUCAUAUGGCUGAAAAACCUUACCAAUGUCUUGCAUGUCCAAAGAGUUUCAGACACAGCAGUGAAUUACAUGAUCAUCAGGAUGCCCAUGUAGUGGACAGUUCUCAGGAACUCCAUGAAGGAGGGACUGUGGAGGUAGUCAUGCCAGAGGAGGAACAGAGUAUAGAUGCACUUCUGUCUUAUAACCAACAAGAGCAGAUACUGAAAAGCAUAGCAGUACACUUGGCCGAGUAUCCUAAUAGAAUUGAGCAUGGUAAGGUGGAACAAGGAAUGUUUUUGGAGGAAGAGUCAAAAGACUCUAAAAAAGGCAUUACAGAUGAAGAUUGUCAGCAGUUAUCUGAUGCGUUUCAAAUUCAUGUGGAGGAUCUAGCGGAAAUUAAAAAUCUCCUUCCCCUUGGAAUAAAGAGGUGCCCUGUCUGUUCAAAACGUUUCCCUUCAACUGCUGCACUUAGAAUGCACUACCUGAUCCACACUGAUUGCAGACCGUUCAAAUGUAAUAACUGUGGGAAGGCCUACUGUCAGAAGGGCAAUCUGAUCCGCCACAGGUGUCCCAGUAACAAAAGUAGUAGAACUGUGAAAAAUAAGGUAAGCAAUGUGAAGGCAGAGCCUGUUGAAGAGAUCAAGCUCAGCCAUCUUGAAAAGACUUCAGAGGAGCAGGGUUACCAUGAUACGACUGAAUUUGUGAGUGAGGCACCCUGUAUUAUGGAUGCCGAUAUGGUAAAGACUGAAAUGCACUGUCCUGGUGAACAGCUUCUGUUAGAUACAGUCAGUACUGUCACUCAGUUAAAUGACAGCAGCCAGGAUAGAAGCUUUCAAGAAACUCUUGAAGAUGGCACAGCUUUUGCAAUUGUAGAAUUAACCGAAGAAGACCUAGAAGAAACUGUGGAAGAUGAAAUGGAAGGAGUUUGUUCUACGGUCAGCACAGAAAGGAGAUAUGAAUGUGAGGUAUGUGGAAGAUGUCUGUCUGAUGCUAACUGUUUACGACGUCAUAUGAGAAUUCAUUCAGGUGAACGUCCUUAUUUUUGUGAAAUAUGUGGCAAGAAUUUCUCAGACCUCUCCACUCUAAGGAGGCAUCACAGAGUCCAUACAGGGAAACGACCAAAUAGGUGUGUGGUAUGUAGCAAGCGCUUUUGGCAGAAAACACAGCUUAUAAGUCACCUGACCACUCACACAGGAGAAGCUGAGAAACAGCUCAUUUUAGAAACUGAGCGUAUCAUUGAAAGAGGACGUGCUACCUGUAAUUACUGUAAAAGGACCUUUGGAUGCAGUACUGAGGUUAAACAACAUCGAUCUGAAUAUACGAACAUUGGUCCUUCCGGGAGGAAAGAAUAUCGCUGUUGCGUCUGUGAUAAAUUCUUUCUGUACACCAGGAGCCUUUGUAGGCAUGCAAGAAUACACUCAGGACAGAAACCUUUUGUUUGCUCAGUUUGUGGCAGAAGAUUCCAGGAUGUUACAGCACUUAGACAGCAUAACUUUAUCCAUGCUGGGCAGAGACCAUACAAGUGUUCCAUAUGCCAUAAACGAUUCCGUAGGAAUGCUACCCUGGUGGAACACAGACGUAUUCAUCUAGGAGAUAAGCCGUACCAGUGCCUUGUGUGCCCGAAGAAUUUCAGAUAUAGUAAUGAACUGCAAGUUCAUCAGGCAAUGCAUGUAGCAGUAAACCUUCAGGAGCCUGAGGAAGGAGGGACAGUUGAGCAAGUUCAGCUAACGGAAGAACUAGAGUCUUUUAGAUACAGUAAUGAACUGCAAGUUCAUCAGGUGAUGCAUGUAGCAGUAAACCUUCAGGAGCCUGAGGAAAGAGGGACAGUUAAGCAAGUUCAGCUAACGGAAGAACUAGAGUCUGAUAAAGAUAUGUCCUGCAAUCAGCUUGAGCAGCUUUGUGAAAAUGUUGAGGAUCAAAAGAGUGAGCAGGUACAGGAAAUGGAGUAUUUCAAGGAAGAAAAACUAAAACUGAUGUCUUUGGAGGAACAGUCUGAAAACAGCAACAAAAGCUUUUUGGAUGAAGAGUCUGCUCCACUAUCAGAUGCAUCAGAACAGCCUAAGAUCCAUAUUAGAGAUCAGUCUGACAUCAAAAAUGUCAUCCCUCUUGGAGUAAAGAGGUGUCCUGUAUGCACCAAGCACUUCACUUCUACUGCCGCACUCAGAAUGCACUACCUCAUUCACACUGACUGCAGACCAUUUGGAUGCACCAUCUGUGGGAAGGCCUUCUGUCAAAAAGGCAAUCUGGUCCGCCACCGAUGUAUUGACACUGAGGACAGCAGAUCUAUGAAUGAUGAGCUGAACAGUUUGAAAAAUGAGCCCCAUGAACAGUCAAAUACUGAGAGCCAAGCAGAAGUGUCUGAGAAGGUGGUUCCGAUUGUGGAUGCUGUAAUUGGAGUUGACACUUCAUACUUGGAGGAUGCCCGAAUAGUUAGGACUGAAGCCUGCUAUGAAGAAGAGCUGGCGUUACAUUUGAAUAAUACAGUGACCCACUGCAGUGAUAGUUCCCAGAUUAUAAGUCCUCAGACAACUCUGGAAGAUGGAGGAGCCUACGCAAUUAUUGAACUGACAGAAGAAGACUUGAGAGAAGAUGAUGAAGACUUGGCAAAAACUGGAAUCCACUCUCUGUCCCCACUGGAAAAGCGUCAUGAGUGUGAGGUAUGUGGCAGAUGCUUGUCUGAUGCUAACUGUCUACGGCGUCACAUGAGGAUUCAUUCAGGAGAACGACCUUAUAGAUGCGAAAUGUGUGGCAAAUGCUUCUCUGUCCUUUCCACUCUGAGGCGGCAUCAUAAAAUUCAUACUAGAGCAUGGGCCAGUAGGAGUGUGAUGUUCAACAAACCUUUCUGGCAGAAGGUGCAGACAGAAGGUGAUAUGUCUAUGGACCCAGAUGAGGAAGCGGGGAGUAAGAUGCUUUUUGAAACGGAACACAGCACAGACCAGAGACCUCCCACUUGCAAUUAUUGUAAAAAGACAUUUGGGACCAUUGAUGAGGUUAAACAACACCGAUCUGAAUAUACGAACAUUGGCCCCUCUGGAAGGAAAGAAUAUCAAUGCUGUGUCUGUGACAAAUUCUUUCUUUACACUCGGAGUCUUUGUAGGCAUGCAAGAAUACAUUCAGGACAGAAACCUUUUGUUUGCUCAAUCUGUGGUAGAAGAUUUCAAGAUGUAACUGCUCUUAGAGAACAUAACUUUAUUCAUGUUGGUCAGAGACCAUACAAGUGCUCUGUUUGCCAUAAACGAUUCCGUAGGAAUGCCACCUUACUGGAACAUCGGCGUGUUCACUUGGGAGAUAAACCUUACCAGUGUCUUGUGUGUUUGAAGAGCUUUAGAUUCAGUAAUGAACUGCAUAUUCAUCAAGAAAUGCAUGUAACAGAAAGCCUUCAGCAGUCCAUGGAUAAAGUGAAUGAGAAAGCAGACACACUAAUGGAAGAGCAAGUUGUUGAGAAGAGUUUGUCUUAUAACCAGCCAGAGCAGCUGUUAGAAACCACAGAUAAAAGCUCAGUGGGUUGCCCUCCAGGACUGGAGUCUAUCAGUAUGGAAGAAAUGGCAUCUUUGGAGGGACAGUCAGAGGAAAGCAGGAAAGGACUUCUUGAUAAAGACCCUGCACCACUGUCUGAUACAUCUGAACAUCCUACAAUCCACCUGGAAGACCAGACUGAAGUUAAAAAGAUCAUCCCUUUGGGAGUGAAAAGGUGCCCUGUCUGCGCAAAACGCUUCCCUUCAACUGCUGCACUCAGAAUGCACUACCUAAUUCACACUGAUUGCAGACCCUUUAAAUGCAACAUCUGUGGGAAAGCCUACUGUCAGAAAGGCAAUUUGAUACGCCAUAGGUGUUCCAGCAGUGAUGACAGAAGCCCCCUGCAGAAUGACUGGACAAGUGUCAAGGCAGAGAGUUUGGAAGAAAUAAAGGUCAGUAGUACUGAGGAGGAAAAGGACAACAGCGGUCAUCAGGCAAUGUGCACACCUGCAGAGGAGAUAUCUUGCAUCAGCAGUCAUCAACCUGAGCAGUCUAAGGUGGAAUGCGUAAAAGAGGAAAUGUUUAAUAUGGCAAAUGUGACAUUACUACAAGUCACUGAUGUUAUUCAAACAACAGAUGUCGGAAAAGUUGUCAGUGAUGUACAGCCUGAAACUGUAGAGCAGAAUGAGACAAAACUGAGAGAGGACAAUGAGGGGUUGGGAGAAGUAAGACAAAGUUCCAUUGCGACCUUGGAAAAGGAAUUUAAGGGGAAAAUCUAUGGCAAGUGUUUAUCAGAUGCCAGUUGUUUACAACGGCACCAGAGAACCCAUACAGGGUCGCGUCCUUACGAAUGUGAGAUGUGUGGCAAGAGCUUCACAGACCUUUCCAAAGUGAAACUUCACCAGAAUAUUCAUGCUGGGAAUCGACCUUACCGGUGUGUCGUGUGCAACAAAUGUUUCAGGGAGAAAUCUCAGCUAAGGAAUCACUGGGACAUCCACCAGGGAGAGGAGGAACAGCAGAAGAUACUCGAAGCAAAAUUAGCUGCUGAAAGUGACCCUUCAUUCUGUGGGCUUUGCAGGAGGAAGUUUAAGACUAAACUUGACCUUAAACAACAUCGUGCUAAACAUGUUAAGAUUAACCUUAUUGGGGAAAAGGUUUAUGAAUGCUGUGUUUGCAUGAAAACGUUCAUUUACACCAGGAGCUUGCAGCGUCACUCAUUGAUUCAUAUGGGGUUAAAACCUUUUGCCUGCUCAGUGUGUGGCAAACGAUUUCAAGAGUCUGCAGGACUUGAGCGUCAUUAUUUCAUUCAUGUCAGACAGAGACCUUACAAGUGCUCCAUCUGUCAUAAACGAUUCAGGCGAAACAGGAGUCUGACUGAACACCAGCAGGUUCACAAGGGAGAAUCACUUCUUUGGUGUACUGUCUGCCAGAAACGUUUCAAAGACAGUGAGGAACUGCAGGUACAUCAAAAUCUUCAUAUUAAAGAUGAAGUACUGAAGGCAGAGGUUCAAGAGGACAACGAAGAGUGUUUACAAGAAAAAAGGGAAGAUAAUAAGCAUGAUUUACUGAACAGUAAUUCUAAACUUGUAGACAGGCAGUCAAAUUGGGAAUAUUCCAAAAACAAAGAAGGCCAGAUUGAAGACAGUAAAGAUGGCAUUCUGGAAUCCAGUAACAAACAACUGACUCAAACUACAACUUUUCCAAAGAUCUUGCUUUCUGAGGUAUCAGCGGUGAUCCCCCGUGGAGUGAAGAAGUGUCCCAAAUGUGAGAAGUCUUUCCCAUCCACUGCAGCUGCCAGAACACAUUAUCUGACUCACACUGACUACAGACCCUUCAGGUGCAGCCUCUGUGGGAAAGCCUAUCGUCAAAAGGGUAAUCUGGUACGUCACAGAUGUUCCAACGAUGCAGAGAGCAGAUCUCUCCGAAGUGAAUGGAUGUCUGUCAAGCAAGAACCCAGUGAUGAGGAUACUGAAGACAAUCUAGGGAAUACUUUUGAGGAUGAGCAUUGCCUUGGGAGUUUUGGAGAUGCAGAAGAGUCAUCAUGUGUAGCAAGUCACCAGGGGGUACCACAGUCUGAAAUACAUCAAGUGCAACAGUCUGUGAACCCAAAUGACACACCAGUUGAAAGCUGCGUUGAUUUCAGCCAAGCUGUAGGUGUAGAGAAAGCUGUUGGACAUGAAGCCUUUGAAAUAGUGGAAUUGACUGAAGAAGACCUCAAAUGGGAGAAUGAGGGCUUAGAUGAGGAGGAAACUGAUGCCCUUUUCUCCACAGGGAGGCAUCACAGUUGUGACGUAUGUGGUAAGAGCUUCUCCAGUUACUCGGUCCUCCGGCGGCACCAAAAUAUCCAUAUAGGAAACUGGCGAUUCAGGUGUGAGGUGUGUGGCAAAUGCUUGUCUGACUCUAACUGCUUACGACGUCACAGAAGGAUCCACACAGGAGAGAGGCCCUACAGGUGUGAAGCAUGUGGCAAAACAUUUUCAGACCUUUCUACUCUGCGGAGACAUCAGAAAAUACAUUCAGGAAAUCUACCUCACCACUGUGUGGUCUGUAGUAAGAGCUUCCGUCAGAAGUCACAGCUGAGGAACCACUGGGAUGUGCAUCAAGCAGAAGAUGAAAGGAAGCUGAUACAUGAAGCACAGAAUGCUGCAGACAAUGGACCCACCACCUGCACAUUGUGCAGGAAAAGUUUUGAAAGUGCUGAUUACCUUAAACAGCACCGCUUGGAACAUCAGAAAAUUGGCAGUCAUGGAGAAAAGUUGUAUGGAUGUUGUGUGUGCAAGAAAAACUUCAUUUACACAAGGAGUUUAUACAGGCACUCAAGAAUACACACAGGACUUCGACCAUAUAUCUGUUCAGUGUGUGGCAGAAGGUUCCAAGAGUCUUCAGGUCUGAAGCGUCACUACCUCAUCCAUGCUGGGCAAAGGCCAUUUGAGUGCACUGUUUGCAGAAAGAGAUUUCGCAGGAACAGUAGCCUUAUGGAACACCAGAGGGUGCACACAGGAGAGAAGCCUUACCAGUGUCUUGUAUGCCAGAAAUGGUUUAAAUAUAGUAGAGAACUACGCAUUCAUAGGAAAGUUCAUGCUAGAGACAGUUUGCGUAGGUCAAAUGCUGAAGAAACCAGACUGGCUGUUUUUCAGGAAGAACCAUCAGUCGAUAACAAAGAAGGGCCAUUGCCUGUUAAAUGUGAGUGGAAAAUGGAACUUAUAGGAGGGCACACAAGUGAAGUUCCAUGGGUGGGACAAAUUCAGGACAGUGGCGAGAUAGAAUACCAAGAAGGACAUACUGACAGCAACAAGGAAGGACUCUGGGGUGUAAAUUGCCUGUAUGCAGAAGCUACUGAUGUACCUCUGACAGAAAACCUUUGGGGACCACAGGUACAAAGUAAUGAGCAGGGAGGGUUCCAGGCAGGUGAGCCUGAAAGUAAUGUGGAAGGCCUUCUUUUGGCCAAUUAUGAAAAUAUUUUUGAAACUUCAGCAGGAAAUGUAGGACCUAAUUCCUGGGCACAGCAAAGUGCAGGAAUAGUAUUCCAAGGGGAGCAACUAAUAGAAAACUCAGCUGGUCACCACCUAGGUACAGACUGUAAGCAGAUACUGGACGUUACAGAAACUCGCUUAAGGGAGAGCUCUUGGGGGUCACAACAACCAGAGAGUGAGGAAGUAUUACUCCAUGAUGCUAGGGUGGAAGGGUUAGUAGAUAAGGAAGGACUUCUGAGUGCAAACUGUGAGCAGCUAUUGGAAUCCACUGAACUACCUACCAAAAUCCCCCCAUUGCAGGAGUCAAACACGGCAGAAGGCUUACACCACAGACUGAAUCAAUGUGCUACUUGUAAACUCACCUUCCCAUUAGCCACUGCACUCAGGGGACACUAUCUUGCACACAUGAACUGCAAACCUUGUGGAUGUUUAUUCUGUGAAAAACUGCUUACAGAGGAACUUGAACCAGACCAGUACAACAGUGUAUCCACCACGGAGAGGAGGUGUUCCAGUACAGAACUCACUGACAUGAAAGAGGUUCACAAAGAGCAGACUGAUGAAAUUCACACAAGGGAGCAGUCUUUAGGACAGCAUCUUGAGGAGAGAGAAGUCAUAAAGGAUGUACCUUAUCUCAUCUGUGUCCAGCUUGAUGGGAUCCAAAGAGACAGCAACAGAGAAGAGCAGCUGAUAGGCCUGGACGGCAGACUGUAUCAUGAGGACGGAGUCCAAGAAGGUGAUCAAGAAGAAGGAGCCUAUGAAAUUGUGGAACUGACAGAAGCCGAUUUAAGAGAAGCAAGUAAGGAUGCAGAGCUGGCAAGGGCGAGUGCAGCAUUUUCUGUGGGGAAACGAUACCAGUGUACAGUGUGUGCCAAAUGCUUUUCAAGCUCUUCUGUGUUACGACGGCACCACACCAUCCACACAGGACGCCGGCUGCAUCGUUGUGAACUGUGUGGCAAAUAUUUAUCUGACUCCAACUGUCUUCGGCGGCACAAGAAAAUACAUUCUGCUGAGCGUCCCUUUCGGUGUGACAUCUGCUGCAAAGACUUCUCAGAUCUUUUAAGUAUGCAGCAACACCAAAAAAUCCAUAAUGCAAAGAGACCCCACCAUUGUGUGGUCUGCAAAAAGGCAUUUAGGAGGAAAUCCCAGCUGAAAUCUCACUGGAAUAUCCACAAGGGGUUAAAUGAGAAAUGCAUGAUCCUUGAUGUGGAACAUGAUAUGGAGAGCAAACCUACUUCUUGUACCCUUUGUAGAAAGGUAUUCGAAAAUAGGGCAGCUUUAAAACAUCAUCGUUCAGAGUAUCUAAAAAUCAACAUCUCUGGAGAGAAAGAAUAUAAGUGCUGUGUAUGUAAGAAAACAUUUACCUAUACAAGAAGCUUGUACAGGCACUCAAGAAUACAUACAGGAUUAAAACCUUUUAUCUGUUCUGUGUGUGGCAAAAGAUUCCUUGAGGCAUCCGGCUUGAAGCGUCAUUACAUCAUUCAUGCUGGUCAAAGGCCAUUUGAAUGCUCUAUGUGCCAGAAAAGGUUUCGGAGGAAAAGCAACCUGGUGGAGCACCUCCGGGUGCACACAGGAGACAGGCCUUAUCAGUGCCGCACAUGCCAAAAGUGUUUUAAAUACAGUGCUGAACUGCAAUCCCAUCAGACUAGUCAUGCAGAGGUCAGUCCACAGGAAUCAGAACUGGUACACAAGAGUGAAGAGUUGUUUUUUCAGAAUGGACAAUCAGAGGAGAUUGAAAAAAAUCAGACAGCCACAAACUUCACAGGGCCAUCACAAGGUGCUUCAUUCACAAGUGAAUCUUCAGUUAUAUUUGAUGGUCAGUCAAUUUUGGGUAAAAAAUAAAUAAAUGGUUAAGCUGUGAACUUUCUAUACCAACACUAAUGAUUUUACUCAGUCAGUGUGAAAAUCAGUCAUCUGUAAAAGAAAUGUUAUCAUUUCGGUAAGCUAUGGCCCUAUUAAUUUAGAGAGAUUUGCAUACCUGAUGCAGUUUAGGAGGCCUGUAAUUACUUCCAUCUCUGACUGGGGCAUUCAGGUUAUUAUAUUUUAGUAUUAGGUUCCUACAAAAUUCCUUCUAGGCUCACAGAGGAGUAACUUAGGGCAGUUUCUGUUUAGUUGGUAUUUCAUAUAAAUUACACAUGUUAUUACAGACAAGGAGCCUCACAAACUUUGUGAGGGCAUCUAAUGUUUAAGAGAUAGCAUUGUAAAUCUUGGAACAGUACAAGUAACACCUCAGCUGUUUUAAAGUGUUUUGUUAUGGCAGUAAUCCUAUAUUUACUCUCUGUGGUCAGUGGGAUCUAAACAAAAAACCCACACACACUUACCAACUGAAAGAAUAUAGAAUAGUAACCUAUGAUUGCCAGUGGACAAACAAUAUAGCUUCAGCAAGUUUGUUCCUACAAAAGCAUGAAGAGUGACCGACAAGGUUCAUGAGCUGUCAGCUAAGUACUAAGUAGGACAUAACAUCAUACCUGUUUUAGGCAAGAAUGGACAAUAAUAUUACUCAAAUUAGUUAUUUAACCUGUAAUCUAGGGUGCUAUUGUACAAGCCUCAUGACUUCUAAUUCUUGGCAACUGAAGAUGCCCACAGUAAGAAUCUUCUGGUCUAUCAUUCAUUUGUUGGUCAGAGUUUGUAUGAAGAGGUUCUGGUCAGAGAGUUCAGAGUUAGAAGACAUACUGAGUGGUGUGUAUGGACUAUUGCAGUACUCCAUCUUCUUCUCAACCAAAGUGUGAUCCACAUCUGGCUGCUACCUGGAGGUAACCAUAUCUAGAACCCUCAUGAAAAAUGGUCACUUCCUGAUACGUCUUUCUCUGGCUGUGCAGACUGAAAUUAUAGUAUUUUUGGGAUAUGCCAAGGUAACAUCUCCAAGGCAGUUUUAUCUAAUGCUUUUUUUGAAAUAAAUUCUGAAUCAAUAAAUGUGAA